UCCAGAAAAUUUUCGGACAAAUCUCCCCGCGCGAACCCCUAUGCCUAGAGGCUGGGCUCAGUGUGGCCGCAUCCGCCGCGCGCGCCGCCCGUCCCGACCCCACCGUGUAUUCCCGCCUUAAUUACUGCAAACAAUGGUAACACGUCAGUAGUUUUUGCACGACACACGGAUUGGUCUUGAGUUAACCAGCCAGUGAUGUGAUGACGCAGGCCCGUGAGCCCCUCGGCAUCAUGGACGGCAACCCCAACGUCGACUUCUCCACCAAAACCAAGCGCGGAGUCUACCUCUCCAAGAGCCUCGCUUUCAUCAUCCUAGUCAUCUUCGCUCUAGCCCUAGUCGCUACGUCUUUCAUAGUCUACAACUUUGCCGCUUGCCCCGGAACCGACCAACUCGCCAAUGUCACCAAAUACGAACUUAAUCACUGCGACACAUCCAAACAACUACUAGUAAUUCCACUAACCACUGAAAAUACAAAAACUGUCAUACCUUUAGAAACUACACCAGCACCUGAGGAUUUUGAAGAAGAUGAAACUACUGUUCAAGAUGUAAGAUUACCUACUUAUGUGAAACCUGAGAAAUAUUUCCUAAAGCUAACUCCUUAUAUUUAUGAAAGCAAUUUCACAUUUGACGGAUUUGCUAGUAUAACAUUGAAUGUUAAGAAUAAUACGCGGAUUUUGACUUUUCAUGGAGUGGAAUUAACUUUCCAUGAUAUUGUUUUGUAUCAGAAAGAUACUGGGAGACGAAUAAAGAUUGACCAAAGGACAGAAGACGUAGCGCGGCAGUUCCAUAUAUUGAAAUUAUAUGAUACGCUGUAUGUAGGAAAACAGUAUGUCUUGAAUAUAACAUAUACAGGCAUAUUGAACGAUAAUCUUCACGGAUUUUACAGAAGUUCUUAUGAAGAGAAGAAUGUUAAAAGAUGGAUAGCCGUCACGCAGUUCCAAGCGACGGACGCCCGCCGCGCGUUCCCUUGCUGGGACGAGCCAGCCCUCAAGGCUCGCUUCACCAUCAGUAUCGCUCGGCCAAGGAACAUGACAUCUGUGUCCAACAUGAACAGCGUUGGUUCGCAGCAACACGAAUCCGUCAAGGAUUACAUCUGGGACCACUACGCCGAAUCCCUCCCCAUGUCAACAUACCUCGUCGCGUUUGCCGUCACCGACUUCGGCAAAAAAAGCGACAGCAACUUUACCGUCUGGGCCCGGAAAGAAGCACUCCAAUCUGCAUCUUAUGCCCUGGAGAUUGGACCGAAAAUCCUGCGAUACUUGGAGGAUUAUUAUAAGAUUAAGUUCCCGCUGCCAAAGAUUGAUAUGAUUGCGUUGCCGGAUUUCAAGGCCGGUGCUAUGGAGAAUUGGGGGCUUUUGACGUUCAGAGAAAUCGCCAUGCUCUACGACAGCAGCAACUCGCCGACAACAGCGAAGGCGCGCGUCGCCGCAGUAGUUGCUCACGAGAUCGCCCACCAGUGGUUCGGGAAUCUGGUGACACCGGCGUGGUGGUCGGAUAUCUGGCUGAAUGAGGGGUUCGCGUCCUACGUGGAGUAUGUGGCUGUCGAUGCUGUUGAAAAAACUUGGAAGCUGAUGGAAGUAUUCGUCCUGAACGAAGUGCAGAGCGUGUUCAAGCUCGACGCCCUGACUUCCUCUCACCAGAUCUCCGUGGAGGUGGGCAACCCUGAGGAAAUCGGCGCCAUAUUUGACAAGAUCUCAUACGGAAAAGGCUCCGCCAUUCUUCGCAUGAUGAACCACUUCCUAACCGACGACGCCUUCAACGCCGGUAUAACCGACUACCUGAACGCCAAAAUGUACGGCGACGCCGAACAGCGGGACCUGUGGAGCGCCCUCACCGUCGCCGCCAGGAGGAAAGGCGCCUUCGACGCCGACGUGGCCGUGGUCAUGGAUUCGUGGACGCUACAGACUGGAUUUCCAGUGCUCACCAUUACUAGGGAUUAUAAUAGUGGCGUUGUUUCUUUUAAACAGGAGCGCUUUGUCCUAAUCAACAACGGUGAAAGCAAAGAGUCUCCAGUAUGGUGGAUCCCGAUAUCGUAUACAACGGCUACUGAGUCCGACUUCGAGUCCACGAGGCCGAAGCUCUGGCUGCGCGGGGAGAGAUCAAAAGUCGUCAGGAAUAUGUCUAUCGCUAAGGACGACUGGCUGAUUGCUAAUAUUCAGCAGACAGGUUUCUACCGCAUCAACUACGACCAACGCAACUGGCAGAUGUUGAUUAAAAUCCUCAACGACCCGAAACGCUUCCAGGAGAUCCAUCCCAUCAACAGAGCUCAGAUAGUCGACGAUGCCAUGAACCUAGCUUUAGCUGGAAGGCUAGACUACAAAACGGCCUUAGACAUCACCAGUUAUCUCGUCCAUGAGAGAAGUUAUGUGCCUUGGAAAGCGGGACUGGUGGCCCUAGGUUACAUCGACACGAUGCUGUCUAAAGGAGCUUAUUAUCUAGAGUACAAGCGUUACGUGCUCAAACUUCUGGAUGGGGCAGUCAAAGACAUAGGCUGGGACGUGGCGGCCAACGAGAGCGUGGUCCGGGCGCAGCAGCGGGUGGAUCUGCUGUCGACGGCUUGCCAUCUGGAGCACGACGAAUGUUUGAGAACCGCUGUCAUCAAGUACACGAAUUGGAUGCUCACGCCGAACGCUGAUGCUUUGAAUGACAUCCACGCAGACAUCCGCAGCACGGUGUACUGCGUGGGCGUACACACCGGCAACGCCCGGGAGUGGGACUUCGCGUGGGACCGCUUUAGAGCCGCCAGCGCGCCUUCUGAACGAGAGUUACUUCUAUCAGUACUGGGUUGUACGAGAGCUCCUUACCUGUUGUACAGAUAUCUGGAGCUGUCUCUUCGCAACGAUAGCGGCAUCCGUAAGCAAGACACUCUGCGAGUGUUCUCCGCGGUAGCCAGUUCUGCUAUCGGCCAGCCCAUAGCGUUCAACUUCGUUCGCGCUAACUGGCAGAGGCUGAAAGAGUUUGUCGGAUCAGCUUCAACCCUCGCUUCAAUCGUGAAGGUGGUGACGAGGCGAUUAAACCAACCGCAUGAAUACGAAGAGCUAAAAAGAUUCGUAGCAGAAUACUGCAAUGAGCUCGGCCGGCCAGUCCAGCAAGUCCUAGAGCGAACAGAAGCCAACAUUCAGUGGAUGCAGAGGAACUACGAGCCUAUCGUCGAUUGGCUGCUAGCUGCGGACAAAGCGAAUACUAAAGCGUGAUUGGUCGGAUUCUAGUGCAUUGUAAAAAGUUUAAUAGAUAACUUGAUGCUUUGAAAAGUUUGAAGAAGUGAGCUGUAAGAAAUUCACAUAUUGGCCUAUCCCUGUAACUUAUAUUGCUUUUAGACAUAAUAAUACACAGUAUCACAGAGGUGUAAUUCAGAAGGUGAAGAUAUAAAAACGAUUUGCGUACUAGUAUCUACCUACUAGUAAAAAAAUAAACGAAUUUACGUGCUACCAACACAAAAUAUGUCAAUGUACGAAAUUCUUCUGGCUUGAUAACCACUUUUUAGAUAAUUAAAUACCUGUUUUGGCACCAAAAUCGUGCUUUCAAUGUGAAAAGUGGAUCGAUUUGAAGAAUUAUAUCAAGAAGCACGCUAUGUAGUUUUGGAUGACAUAUCUUAAUAUUCCAACAUUUUUGAUAGGACAAAGCCUCUAAAAUCUUCCCUAACUCUUAUAAAAGUCGUAACAGCCAAUUGAAAACCCAGUUUGAAAUUGUAAUUUGUUGUAGUGGUAUGAAAAUAAUUUCUUCGGUCAUCGCAUCUCAAGCGAUUACUCGUGAAGUAGUUAAGGACGAUGUGUAAUGAACCCUCGCGGACGUCAGCUGGCGCUCCGUUGGUAUACUUUUAUGCGUGGUCGGACAUAAGGCCUCUCUCAAUGUGUCUUAGAAACGUCAGAUAUACGAAUAAGAUAAUUAGAAGUAAUUUUCUACUUAUAUCAGUCACAAUUUAGUAAUAUUAUACUAGUCAAGGAUUUCAUCGGUUUACGGAUUCUCUUAUUGAUACCAAAGUUCAUUAUGUAUGUAAUAUUAAUGGAUUUUGAAUUUUCAUGGACCAAAUACAAAAUGUUCAACUUUAUAAGCACGCUUUCAUAGACGGUUCGACAAAUAUAGUUUUAAGAUUUUAGUUUGAAACUAAGGUAAAAGACCCUAAUGUCGGUACCACGGUGCCAGCGGGCACCUAAGACUUUAUUUUUAGAUAGUACUGGUGAUUUUCCUACAAAAUAAAGUAAAUUGGAAAGUAGCCGACCUAGCGUGAGAUAUUGGAAUUUCAGGAUUGCAACUGCCAUUUUUGCAACCAAAUAGUCCUCUUUGCAUGAUCUUGCCCAAGGGCUCUCUAAAAAAGGUAAAAGUACUAACCAUCAUAAAAAUAGAAAAUGUGAAAAUUAUAUUUGCCGAACAUGUAAUACACUUAAGUUUAAUAAUGAUAGUAAGUUUUUAUUUUAAUAUUUGUGUAUUUAAAAGCACUAUAGAUGCAUGUAGGCAAUUGAAUUAAAUUGUGUUAUAUUAAAUAUAGAUUUUAUUAUGAACAUAGUACGGAGAAGUACCUACUAGUAAAAUCUAAACGUAGGUAGUUACCUAUACCUACUAUAUUAUUAUUGUGUUCAUAAAUCAAUCACAGUAUUCACAGAUACCUAAGUAAAAUGACACCAAUCUUUUGUACAUAUAAUAAGUUAGUUUAAUAUUGAAGUCAUCACAUUUUUAUGUUCUUUUUUCGUUUAUGUUGUGAUCGCAAUUAUUUUUUUCAUUACCUAAUCUUUCACAUCACAAAACGUAUUAUUCUAAGUAUUAUCAUAACAUUCAUAACUGUUGGUAAGAAUAACAUUAUACUCUCUAUCUUUAGGUAUUUAAAUAAAAGUAAACAGAAUCUACCCUGAAAUGGUUCCUUAAACCAGUUGAGUGUAGAUGAAAACAUUACACUAUCAAAUAAUGUAAGAUAAAGUCAGGUCGUUCAGUGACUGAUCCAGGCGGUUAACCAAUUGAUAAAUGUUAUAACUACCCGAAAAUGUACGAAUUGUUGUUUACUUUUAUUGAAAUACCCAAAGAUACAGACUAUAAAUAUGAAUAUGAGUCAUUCUGACUGAUUGUGUCAAGUCUGCAAUUUUGUAGUGAGUCAUAUUAAAAAUAUUAAUAAAAUAUGAAAACAACGUUUUAGUGACAUUUGCAAAUCCGGCUUUUUAAUUAAUUACAUUAGUCAUACAGUUCUUAAGUUUAUUAAAAUUCCGAUCUAUAUCAAGUUUAUUACUCUUAUCUUAUCUAUUAAAUUCGAAUAGCUUUGACUGAGCGAUGACUUUGAGUUUUUAAUUUUAUUGGAAAUUCGCAUGAAUGCACGGUUCAUGCAAGGAAUUUAAUUUCAGUAUAAAAUCGUACCUUGUCACAUUGACAAUAGUAUUGAAGUCUCUAGUGACUUUCAUAUUAAUUGUCACUGUGACAAGGUAUACGAAAUGGUACUGAAAUAAAAUUCUUUGACUUUGCAGUCGUUGGCGACUAUGGGUCACAUUACAUUAGCUAUAUUUCAAAUAGAUUAUAUUUAAUUGUAGAUCUGAAAAUGACAUUGUCUUUUUCAAAAUUAAUAAGGAAAUUCUAUUCUUAUAAUAUUGUUAAGCACAUCAAGCAAAAUUAAUAAAGAAAGCAAACUUAAAGCAACAUUUUAAAUAAAUAUUGAUCUACGAAUAUUGUAAUUAAUGUCAUUUUAUUAUAAGAUUUAUAAGUACCUUCACAGUUGUUUGUACCUUAUAUUUAUUUUUAGAUACUAGGUUCUAUGUAAAUAAAACAUGAAUUGUAAAUUAAUGUAACAAUCUAUUUCCUAUUGCAUAUUUAUAUAUGAAUUAGUCGAAAUAUACGAUUUAAGUUUAUAA